AUGAGCUACUCUAAGAGCCAAAAACUGGCGAAAGCCUUUGCCAACGACGGUGUGAAGAGACGGGACCUCCUGCAGAUGGCGUCCUCUGCACAAGAACGGGAUGCCUACAAAUGGAUGAGGCUCCCUUUCGACCCCGUCAAGGUGCAACUUCCUGUGUUCAGCACGACAGCAGAGAGGGAAGACAAGCAGACCCGUGUCCGAAGCAUUUGGUAUGUUACACUGUUCUUUUAUAAGCUGCGCCUGCCGACGACCUUCACCAUGUCCAACACGGCACCGUUUCAUUUGCUUCUGAGGUUGGUAACAACACCUGCUUCGAUCGUGUUGCCUUCUGAUGUCUUGGCGGAGUUGAGCAAGCGCGGGCUCCUUUCCUCCUGCCUUGAAGGCUUUGGAUCUGUGCGAGAAUGGUGGGACCGCGAGAUCGAUCCUGUCUACAAGGGCCUGAUCGACCACUCAGAUUAUCCUUAUCCGCUGCUUUUUCAUGAAGACGGUGUGCCAACCACGAAGCGAGAGACUGUGGUAUUUUGGUCGUGGUGUUCAGCCUUGACCAACCAAAGGUCCGAGAUCAGCAGGUUCUGCAUCAUUGGUGUUCCGCAAUCUCGGAUUGCGAAGCAAACUCGUACUUUUAUUGCCAGGAUAAUAUCGUGGGACCUCAAGUCACUGAAAGAAGGAUAUUUUCCAAUGCACGACUGGGACGGCAACGAGUGGCCAAAGAUGUCCCCUGCCUUUAGCUGUGAGAUGUCCAGGUUUUUGGAUUUGCAGGACCAGUCGCCAAAGCCGAAUGAGAUUCUGUACCGGUUCACAUCCAGAGCUCAAGCGUGGUGCAAGGAAAGACGAUUGGAUCUUGGAAUAAAUCCGAUCACAAUGGACUCGCUGAAUGCGACGCUGAAAUAUCCUGAAUUGAGCUCCACGAUCAAAGCAUCGAGAUGCAGGAAUCUUUUAGCCUUCGUCACCCACUUCGCCGUGGAGCUCGAGAAACAGCUCGACCCGGACGAUUGCAGUUCCGAGACAGCUCAUUGGAGAAGGGCCCGUGCCUGUAUGCUGUGGUCUCUCGAUGCUGCCUUGUCUGUGGCUGGGACCGCCCACAAGCCCCACAUGACCGAUGGAGAAACAGAAGAAUCCGUGUGGCUUUUCGAAACCUUCCUGCUCUUGUACCAAUACGCAGCUGCCCGUGCAUAUGGACUGUCUCAAUUACUUUACAAGAUGAGACCAAAGCACCACUAUGCAUCUCACAUGAUCGCAGAAGUCGCGCAAACAAAGCUGAACUUUAUGAGUGUGGCUGCUGGAUGCCAUGCGGCGGUGCAACUGGUAUCUUGGGCUCGUCGCUACAUCACAUUGAAGAGCUUUCAAUGGUCCCGCAUCAUGAGAUAA